GUUGAAUAGACGCGCUGGACGCACGCACUUUGUGGUAGUGCACCUGUUAUACAUACUGUUAUGCCCAAAGUCCUGCAGCUGCGUUUAUGAAGCCAGGCUCAAUAUAACCUCAUAGCGCUGAUUUGUCACUGACGCACUACUGUUUAACAAGCUCGCUGAAUCUUAUAAAAUUGGUCAGGCGCUCAUUUAGGUUAGUGUCACCUUAAAGGGUCGAGGAUGUCGGGCAAGGGCAAGGAUGGGCUGCGCGUUGCGGGCGGCGUGCAAAAGAAGACUAGCCGAAAAGGCCCAAACACGGGUGUUUCUGGCCUCGAGUUCCACAAAAGCAAGGGUCAGCACAUUCUAAGGAACCCGCUGGUGGUUCAAGCCAUUGUCGAUAAAGCGGGCGUCAAAAGCACAGAUGUGGUUUUAGAAAUCGGCCCCGGUACGGGUAACCUUACGGUGAAGCUGCUGGAGAAAGCGAAGAAGGUCAUCGCCAUCGAGCUUGACCCGCGCAUGGUUCUCGAGCUGCAACGGCGAGUGCAGGGCACCCCCUACGCAAACAACCUGCAGAUCAUACACGGCGACUUCAUGCGUGUGGAUCUGCCGUACUUUGAUCUCUGCGUGGCCAACAUCCCGUACAACAUCUCCUCGCCGCUCACCUUCAAGCUGCUUGCGCACCGCCCCGCCUUCCGCGCCGCGGUCAUCAUGUACCAGCACGAGUUCGCCAUGCGGCUGGUCGCCAAGCCGGGCGAGCAGCUGUACAGCCGCCUGGCGGUGAACACGCAGCUGCUGGCUCGGGUCAGCCACCUGCUCAAGGUGGGCAAGAACAACUUCCGGCCGCCACCCAAGGUGGAUUCCUCCGUGGUGCGCAUCGAGCCGCGCCACCCGCCGCCUCCCGUCAACUUCCUGGAGUGGGACGGGCUGGUGCGGCUGUGCUUCAGCCGCAAGAACAAAACACUGGGCGCCAUCUUCCGUCAGGCCAACACCCUGCAAGCCCUGGAGGCCAACUACCGCACCUACCAGGCGCUGCAAGGAGCAGCAGCCGGCGGGGCGGCAGCAGCAGCAGCAGCAGGUGGUGCAGGCGGGGGCGCGGGUGCGGCCUCGGGCAUCCAGUCGCUGGGGACAGCGGGGGAACAAGACGCCAUGGACCAAGACGAGGCGAUGGAGGAGGAUGCCAUGGAUGAUGAUGAUGACGAUGCGGCGACGGUGGUGGGAGCGCCCUCGGGGUCCCGUGGCGGCCGGAGAGGCGGCGGCCGUGUGAGUGCGGAGUUCAAGGAGCUGGUGAUGAAGGUGUUGACCGACAACGGGCUUGACUGCAACCGCAGCAGCAAGAUGAGCCAGGAGGAGUUCUUGCAGCUGCUGGCGCUCUUCAACGCAGCUGGGAUACACUUUGCUUAAGAGGGCGGCAGCAGCAGCAGCUGCGGCUCCGGAUGUGGCAUUCUUUGCUUCGCUUGGUUUCACGGGUGCAGGCACAACAUGGGGAUGUUUACGGGUUGAAUGGGAGGGUACGGAGGAAGGAACACGUUGCGAGCUUGACGAUAGAGGACAUAACGAGGAAGGUUUGUGCCUGUUCCCUGCUGUAUACAUAUCGUAGAUGUUGGAUAGAUGGGCGCCGUUCAGGUGUCAGGUGAUGCGGUUUGUGUGGGAGGAUUGGAGGUGCCUGUGAUGCGCCUCGGGAGGCGGGUUUACUGUUGGAAAGACGCCGCGGCUGGCGUUCUGUGGGUGUAGACGCGUCCUGGGUGGAACUGUAGACGCGCAUGACUAACUACUAGUGGUAUUUCAGAUGGGUGUGGGACCUUUCACCGUGGGAAGAGCUUUAGUAACUGAACGAGCGAGCGAGCGAGCUGUUGUGAAUGGUAUAACGUACGAGAGGUGCAUGCGUGGUGUCUAAAGUGUUUGAUUAAGUUAUACUGCACUCUGGCAUGUGCAGGUGUCUGCUGGUGGUGCCUUGCGUUGGAGUUAGGCACUGUGAGGCUGAGUAAAAGAAUGGAUAGGUGUUUUGGUACUACACAAUAGAGUGGGGCUUCGCGGCCCCUGUUGAGGGUUCCAGGUGAACCGUUUCAGGGGUAUCUGCCCACAGCAAACAGAGAAAUGGGCCCUCUUGGCAGUGCGCCAGUGGCCAAUGCCUGUGCGGGAAACCCUAGCACAGGGUGCGAAUGCAUUGAGACUAUCGCUUACAACUUGUUAACGUUUUGAGUAUC